AUGGACUUUGAAUUAGAGCCUACUCUCGAGUCGAUCAUCCACCAAGAUUCGUUAAAAUGGAUUUUCGUGGGCGGAAAAGGUGGCGUGGGCAAAACCACAACGUCGUCUUCUGUUGCCGUCCAGUUGGCGUUGGCGUACCCAAAUGAUGAGUUUUUGCUCAUUUCCACCGAUCCAGCCCAUAACUUGUCGGAUGCUUUCUGCCAGAAGUUUGGCAAGGACGCCCGCAAGGUCGAAGGCUUGUCCAACCUUUCGUGUAUGGAAAUCGACCCGGAUGCAGCCAUGUCGGACUUGCAGACCCAGGCCCAACAAUACAACAACGAUCCCAACGAUCCUUUGAAGAGCAUGAUGUCGGACAUGACAGGCUCCAUUCCCGGUAUCGACGAGGCCUUGUCGUUUAUGGAGGUUUUGAAGCACAUCAAGAACCAGAGGGCCGCCGACGACGGGUCUGAAUCCAACGCCAUCCAGUACAAGACCAUUAUCUUUGACACGGCACCCACAGGCCACACUUUGCGCUUCUUGCAGUUGCCUGCCACGUUGGAGAAAUUGUUGGCCAAGUUCAAGGACUUGUCGGGAAAAUUCGGCCCCAUGUUGAACAUGUUGGGCGGUGGUACAAACCAGCAGCAAGAUAUCUUCUCGAAAAUGAACGAGAUCCAGAAAAGCGUCAGCGAAGUCAACGAGCAGUUUACCAACCCAGACAUGACCACGUUCAUUUGUGUGUGCAUUUCCGAGUUCUUGUCUCUUUACGAAACGGAACGUAUGAUCCAGGAAUUGAUGAGCUACAACAUGGAUGUCAACUCCAUUGUGGUCAACCAGUUGCUUUUUGCCGAAGAGGACGACUGCAAGCGGUGCCAGUCCCGGUGGAAAAUGCAGAAAAAGUACUUGGACCAGAUGGGUGAGUUGUACGAAGACUACCACUUGGUGAAAAUGCCUUUGCUCGGCAGUGAGAUUCGUGGCGUCAACAACUUGAAGAAGUUCUCCAAGUUUUUGUUGAAGCCAUAUGAUCCAAAGGUUGACAAGGCUUUAGUUUUCGAGUUGGAGGAGGCGAAAUAG